CCGCCUCUAUGUUGGUCGGUUGUCCUCAAGGACGCGAUCACGUGAUUUGGAACGACUUUUCAGCAGAUAUGGAAGGUUUUCUGGGGUUUGGCCUACCUGGAGGUCUUUGGUGGGAGGGUGGCCAUGGUGGAAUUGGUGGAAAUUCUUGCCGAUUGUAUAGGAGAGAACACUUUGGCGAUUCUUUCUGUAAUGUUAUUCCUGUGUUUUUAUGCAAAUGGCAACAAUUCCAAACUGGUGUCUGUAGUUCGUCUGUGAUGGGCAAAGUACCAUACACUUGCAGUUCUUAAGUAAUGAUAGCCUUACUGUUUCUGGCAACCGUUUACGCAGAGUACGAGAUGUGGACAUGAAGCGCGAUUUUGCCUUUGUUGAAUUUAGUGAUCCUCGAGAUGCUGAUGAUGCAAGGUAUAGCUUGGAUGGCCGUGAGUUGGAUGGAACUCGCAUCAUUGUUGAGUUUUCGAAGGGGACGCCUCGCGGUUCUCGAGAAUAUCUUGGUAGAGGCCCCCCUCCUGGAUCUGGGCGUUGCUUUAAUUGUGGUCUUGAUGGCCACUGGGCUCGAGAUUGCAAGGCUGGAGACUGGAAGAACAAAUGUUAUCGCUGUGGAGAGAGAGGUCACAUUGAAAGACAAUGCAAAAACAGUCCAAAGGAUUUAAGGCGUGAGGAGAGUCUUUCAAGAUCUCCACGCUCACCUCGUCGUGGCAGAAGCCGCAGUCGUAGUUACAGCAGAGGCCGCAGCUAUAGCCGGUCGAGAUCUCCAGCAAGAAGGGGGCGAAGCUAUGAUCUUGAUGGGGGAUCAAGAAGCCCUAAGCCUAGGGACAGUCCAGUCCCUUCCAAGUCAAGAAAACGCAGUCGCAGCGCUACACCUGAUGAUGGAAGCCCCAAGGAGAGAGGUAGCCCUUCUCCAAGAAAUGGUCGAUUGUCAGAUCGGAAUGAUGACAGUGGUAGCCCUAGGGAGAAGAGCAGAAGCCCUAGUCCUGAGAGGGACAGCCCUGAUGAUAGGAGGUAUCGAAGCCCCAAUGAAACCAACGGACGCAGCCAAAGUCCAAGCCCUAGUCCAAGGGAGGAUAGAAGUCCAGUUGAUGAUGAUGAUGACAACCGCCGUUCUCCAAGAGGCAGCGAGUCAUCAUAAAGAGUACAGUGCAAAUGAUUUCGCCAUGUCUUAAUAGAGGGCGUGUGUGUUUGAACUCUUGAAACUCUUGAAGCAUGCGAUGCAGACUGUGUACCCUGCUAUUAGCUUAUUGCGGAAACUUUAAUUAGAGCAAGUUGUUUGAAACAUUACUUUGGAUGCAAGGAUUUGGAACUUAACUAUUGAAUAUUCGUAUCUCAUAAGCAUGUUUGCUUCAUCUGACCUGAAUUUUCAAUCUCUUUUCUUUUUUUUGCUCAAGUCUUUGGUAAGCAACUACUGGUUGCUUACCAAAGAUUGGAGGGUAUUCAAGAUAGAAGAAUUUGGAAGGCUGAUAAUUCAGGCUUUUUUUCCCGUUAAAUAAAUCUUUUUCCAAUUUAUAGUAGAUCACUCUGUCCCGGAUUUUUGGGCGCGC